UAAGUCUCUGUAAUACACACACCGUAGCAGAGUGUGUGUGUGUGUGUGUGUGUGUGUGUAUCACAGAGAGAGAGAGAGAGAGAGAGAGAGAGAGAGAGAGAGAGAGAGAGAGAGAGAGAGAGAGAAAUGGCGGGUAGUGGUCGCAGCCGAGUGUGGAGGGAGGUGGGGAUGGUAUGCAUGAUGGUGAUGUUGUCAGCAAUGGUUGAGAGGGUGACGGGGUUGAUCGUGGCGAAGGACGGUUCGGGGGACUUCAUGAAGCUUACGGAGGCGUUGAACGCUGCCAGCCCUGGGACUCGGAUUAUCGUCAAGCCCGGUGAAUACCGGGAGAAGGUGGUGGUGACGACUCCCARCAUCGUUCUGAUUGGCACGCCAGGGCAGUCCGUGAUCGUGCAAGGGGAGAGCUCCAAUUCCGCGGGCAGCACGUUGCUAUCCGCGACCUUCACGGUCAAAGCCAAGGCGACCGGAUUUGUGGCCAUGGGUAUGGUGUUCAAGAACGAUUACGGACGUAAUGACGAACCAGGAGAGCAAGCCGUUGCUGCGGCCGUCAUGGCAGACAGCUCCUUCUACAACUGCCAAUUCAUUGGCUGGCAAGAUACACUCUACGCCAAGAAAGGCCGCCAAUACUACAAGGACUGCUACAUCGAGGGGUCGGUCGACUUCGCCUUCGGCGCGGCAACGGCGCAGUUCGUAGACUGUGUGCUGUAUGCAAAGAGGAGAGGGAGCCUUACCAUAGCCUCUUACACUGCGCAGCAGAGGCUGUCGAGCACCGACACCAACGGCUACGUGUUCAUUGGCGGGCAACUCAAGUGCGAUGCGGGAGUGAGGGCUUUGCUGGGGAGAGCGUGGGGAAAGUUCGCCCGAACGGUCUUCAUCAAAGUGGCGAUGGAUAAUUGCAUCGAUCCGAAGGGAUGGAGCUCGGUCGGAGACUCGAACUGGGGGACCACCAGUUUUUCGGCAGAGUACCAGUGCACCGGUCCCGGGGCGGAUCGGUCGGGACGCGUGUCGUGGAGCAAAGUCUUGACAGACGAGGAGGCAGCGUACUUUUCGUCACCGACCUUCCUUGGCGGGUCCAGGAGUCCCCCUGGAGGUACCACCGCCGUUUCCAGCACUCCAGCUCCAACCAAGGCGCCACUCGAAGCCAGAUCGGAAUCGGCUCCCAGCUCAGAAUACUUUUCCAUCUCUGAUGAAGAUCUCGGCUCAGUUGCGGGUCCCAGCUCAUAUGAGGAUCUCGAGCCGCCCAGCUCAGAAUGGAUUCCCAUGUCGAUGGGAAGUGACGACGAUCAACUGUAAUAAUUGUCCUUCCCGCUCAUCACGCAAUCAGCUAAUCAGCUAAUCAAGCAAUCAAGCAAUCAAGUAGCGAUGUCUGUCUUAGUUGGAUCCUUGACUGAUCAAUCGACGACGAGAUCGCAUCGAUCAAGCAAUCGAAGUCCUCUGUCGAGAGAUCGUCGGCCAUCCACUCUGCAGAUGGGCAGUGCGGGUACCCGCGGCACAGCGAAUCAAUCAAUCAAGCCAUCACGUAGUGAUGGCUGUACCAGCGCCACAGCUAAUCAAGCACUCAAGCCAUCAAAUAGUGAUGGCUGUCUUAGUUGGAUCUGUGACUGAUCAAUCGACGAGGUCGCAUCGGUYGCAUCGAUCAAGCGAUCGACGUCCUCUGUCGAGAGAUCGUCGGCCAUCCACUCUGGAGAUGGGCAGUGCGGGUACCAGCGGCACAGCUAAUCAAGCAAUCANGAUGGCUGUCUUAGUUGGAUCCUUGACUGAUCAAUCGACGAGAUUGCAUCUAUCAAGCGAUCGACGUCCUCUGUCGAGAGAUCGUCGGCCAUUCAUUCUGGCGCUGUGCAGUGCGGCUACUAGCGGCACAGCCGUAAGAACAGGACACGGAGUUCGGAGAACUCGUAGUUUCGGUUCCGUGGGAGGAGGUACUAGGUCGUAAUAGCCGCCUCUAGAAUACAGAUGAUCCCGGGGCAAUGUCCCACUUGCGGAAAUUAGGAGAUUUCGGCCGUUGAUCUUUGCUAUUUACGGUCAGUAUCUCUUAAUUCGUGCAAGUGGGACCUAGCCCCCGGCUGCGAUCGUUUUCUUUGCCGAAGUGAUAUCACGCACAGACAGACGCAACUUCAGGAGAGACAGUUAAGACUGUUCCGUACAUCCAUUUCAGCCUUGCGCCCGUGGGCGGCGAGUGAUUUCGAUUAUUUUCGCUGCGAAUUUUGGAGUAUAGGCAGUGAUAACUUAAUAACGUAAUAAUAACGUGAUUGGUUAUGAAUCAUGCCGCAGAAAGUGCUAAUGGUUAAUUAGCGGACGAUACAGCAUUCGCUCGCAGGUUGUUAGUAGUCGUGUCGAGCAGCGAGGGAGGGGGUUGUGAAUUCCCCAAAUCCCCCAAUGGGUAUGUGGGAGGAACGCCGGGAAGCAGGAAUUGGACGGAUGGAAGAAGGGUGGGGGGCGAGUGCGCGCUUCUCAUUCUUAGGGUGAGAGCGAGCCUUUUGCUAUUUCAAACU